AUGUCCCGAUCUAACAGUGUUAGCCCGCCCGGAGUCGGUGCGCCUGGGCUGAGGGGAGGGACUGAACUGAGAUCAGCUUGGGGCGAGUCUGAGUAUAUUGCCAACGGAUGCCCAUACUCCGCUAGAUCUCCGAGCAAAAAGCUCGCCCGUUCGAACAGCAGAUGGACUGAAGGAGAUGAUGAUCCCGACCGACAGCCCAGACCAGGACGAACCACGACAAUGGUUAGCAGGGUCAGUUUUAGGUCUCGGUCUGCGUGGCAAGAGCAUGGCACUGGAGAGGAGAGCCGAAACAACAAACGAUCGUCCCCUAAACACGCAGAUGGAGCCGUGGAAGUGAGACCCAUAUCGGUGGAGUUGGGCUUGGAGGACCGUAGAGUGAAGGGCACCAAACCCGAGGAGGAGGAACUCAUGCCCGAAGUUCACAUUUCCAUGGUCGCGUGCUGCAGCAGCAUGAUGCAGAUUUUCAGAUCCAAGAAAUUCCAAUCGGAGAAGUUGGAGAGGCUGUACCAGCGUUACUUUUUCCGGCUCAACCAGAGCAGUUUGACCAUGCUCAUGGCCGUUUUGGUGCUCCUGUGCGCGGUCAUGCUGACCUUCCAUUGCGCGGGGGGAGGAUGCCGGAUAGCUUACGUUGUGGUAUUUUCCUUGGCCAUCUUACUUAUCCUCAUCUUGAUGGUGGUGUGCAAUCGGAACGGGUUUGAUCAGGAUCACAUGUGGAUAGUCUGCUAUGUGGUCAUUCUAGUCGUGCUGGUAUUACAGGUGAUUGGGGUCCUCCUCGUACAUCCGCAAAGUGCCUCUGAGGGAAUUUGGUGGACAGUGUUUUUUAUCCAUGUCAUUUACACACUGCUCCCGGUUCGGAUGCGGGCUGCGGUUAUCACUGGAGUUAUGCUGUCUGCCAUCCACGUGGUCGGGUCUUGGAAGUUAAACGAAAAGGAUGCCUUUGUAUGGAAGCAGAUAGUGUCCAACGUCCUGAUCUUCUCCUGUACUAACAUCGUGGGCGUGUGUACCCACUACCCAGCCGAGGGCUCCCAGAGACAAGCCUUCCAGGAGACCAGGGAAUGCAUACAGGCUCGCCUCCACUCACAGAGGGAGAACCAGCAGCAGGAGCGUCUCCUGCUCUCCGUGCUUCCCCGUCAUGUUGCCAUGGAGAUGAAAGCUGACAUUAACGCCAAGCAGGAAGACAUGAUGUUUCACAAGAUCUACAUCCAGAAGCACGACAACGUCAGUAUCCUGUUUGCAGAUAUUGAAGGGUUUACCAGUCUGGCGUCCCAGUGUACUGCCCAGGAGCUGGUGAUGACUCUCAACGAACUGUUUGCCCGCUUCGACAAGCUGGCUGCGGAAAACCACUGCCUGCGUAUUAAGAUCCUGGGAGACUGCUACUACUGUGUGUCUGGGCUGCCAGAGGCCCGGGCCGACCACGCAUCCUGCUGUGUGGAGAUGGGGGUGGACAUGAUCGAGGCCAUCUCGCUGGUGAGAGAGGUGACGGGGGUCAACGUGAACAUGCGUGUGGGAAUCCAUAGUGGCAGGGUCCACUGUGGGGUGCUGGGACUCAGGAAGUGGCAGUUUGAUGUGUGGUCCAACGAUGUCACGUUAGCCAAUCACAUGGAGGCCGGGGGUGCGGCAGGGAGGAUCCACAUCACCAAGGCCACUCUGAACUACCUGAGUGGAGACUAUGAGGUAGAGCCAGGAUCAGGAGGAGCAAGGAACGUCUAUCUGAAGAAACACAACAUAGAAACCUACCUCAUCGUGGGCUGCAGCCAGAGAAGGAAAGACGAGAAGGCGAUGAUAGCCAAGAUGAACCGUCAGCGAGCCAACUCUGUCACCCACAACAUGGGCCCCUGGACCGACCGGCCCUUCUACAACCACAUGGGAGGAAACCAGAUCUCUAAGGAGAUGAAGAGGAUGGGAUUUGAAGACCCCAAGGACAAACAUUUCAUUUUCAGAAACACGCAGGAAAACCUGAACCCAGAAGACGAGGUGGACGAGUUCCUAGGCAGAGCCAUCGACGCCAGGAGUAUCGACCGGCUACGCUCAGAACACGUCAAGAAGUUCCUGCUGACCUUCAGAGAACCAGACCUGGAGAAGAAGUACUCCAAACAAGUGGACUCCAGAUUUGGAGCGUACGUGGCCUGCGCCUCUCUUGUCUUCCUUUUCAUCUGUUUCAUCCAGAUUGUCAUUGUACCACACUCCACUUUGAUGAUUGGGUUCUAUGUCACCUGUCUGAUCAUCCUGAUGGCUGUCAUGUUUGUCUCAGCAAUCUACUCCUGUUUUGGGUUUUUCCCAGCGUCUCUACAGACUCUGUCCAAGAUGAUAGUCCAGUCCAGACUCAACAGCACCCUGGUGGGAGUCUUCACCAUCCUCCUGGUGUUUCUCUCUGCCUUCAUCAACAUCUUCACCUGUAGUACUGGAGACCUGAGGGAGUGUCUGAGCUGGGAACUGAACAUCAGUCGCAGCAGUGUGAACGCCUGCCAUGCACGCAGCCUCAACUACACCCUCGAAUCACUGGACGGCUACUGUGGCAGCCCCUCACCCAACUGCAACUUCCCUGAGUACUUCUCUUCCUGUGUGUUGUUGACCCUGCUGGCCAGCUCGGUUUUCCUACAGGUCAGCAGUAUAGGUAAACUCCUACUCAUGCUCUUCAUCGAGAUCUUCUACAUCCUCAUCAUGGAGGUGCCAGAGGUCAGCCUGUUCGACAACGUAGACCUGCUGGUCAUGGCCAAUGCUAUUGAGCACAUAAAUGGAACAAGCUGUGUGAUGGACGCUAAGGUCCCUCUGAAGAUCAUGACUCCAGUGGUCAUCACUGUCUUCGUCCUGGCUUUGUAUCUACACGCCCAGCAGGUGGAGUCCACAGCCAGACUCGACUUCCUCUGGAAACUACAGGCCACAGAGGAGAAAGAGGAGAUGGAGGAGCUACAGGCCUACAACCGUCGCCUCCUCCACAACAUCCUCCCCAAAGACGUGGCCGCCCACUUCCUGGCGCGGGAGCGUCGGAACGACGAGCUCUACUACCAGUCCUGUGAGUGUGUGGCCGUCAUGUUCGCCUCCAUCUCCAACUUCUCUGAGUUCUACAUAGAGCUGGAGGCCAACAACGAAGGAGUGGAGUGUCUCAGGCUGCUCAACGAGAUCAUUGCAGAUUUUGACGAGAUCAUCAGUGAGGACCAGUUCCGCCAGCUGGAGAAGAUAAAGACCAUCGGCAGUACCUACAUGGCAGCCUCUGGCCUCAACGACACUACCUACGACAAGGAAGGCCGCUCACACAUCAGAGCCCUGGCAGACUACGCCAUGAGACUCAUGGAUCAGAUGAAGUACAUUAACGAACACUCCUUCAAUAACUUCAAGAUGAAGAUCGGUCUGAACAUGGGUCCGGUGGUGGCUGGGGUGAUCGGGGCCAGGAAGCCCCAGUAUGACAUCUGGGGGAAUACCGUCAACGUGGCCAGCCGCAUGGACAGCACCGGUGUACCGGAGAGGAUCCAGGUGACCUCUGACCUGUACAACGUGCUGAACUCCUAUAACUACACACUAGAGUGCCGAGGCCUCGUCAAGGUGAAGGGUAAAGGAGAAAUGCAGACCUACUUCCUCACUGGAGGACCUCCCAGCAGUUAACACCCAGGCUGUGUCCCAAAUGGAAACCUAUUCCCUAUAUAGUACACUACUUUUGACCAGGGACA